AUGAAUUCAUCUACUGGUCUGCUUCUCGCGGCGCUCCUCUCUCUCCUGUCCACGAUCCAACCGGCGUUCGCAAACUGCUACUAUCCAAAUGGCGAUGUGGCGGAAGGCAUGGCGGCAUGCACUUCUGAAGGAGGAACCUGCUGUCCCCUCAAUUGGAUGUGUUUGAGCGAUGGCCUCUGUUACCUCGAGAAUGCUGGAUACUUUGGUCGAUACACAUGCACUUCUCAGGACUGGGCAAGCGACAGCACUUGCCCGAACUACUGCACACAGAACUACACCGCGGCAGGUAACGAGGCAAUCCAGCACUGUGCAGACGGCUCCUGGUGUUGCGACAGCAAUCGAGACCCCAAGAACAAUUGCUGCGACAGUGGUGAUGCUGAGGAGCUGGAUCUGGGCUCCGGAGGUAGCGAGAUUGGCUUCAUCUCAAGCACGGAGCCUCCGUCUUCUGUCACUGAAUCGAAGACUUCCAUGGUCACAAUGCAAACAACACGCUUAACCACCACUAGCUCCACAUCGACUUCCUCGACCUCGACCUCGACAUCAGCUGCCCCGAAGGCCACACCGACCACUGUCACCACAUCUGCCGUCACAUCCAACUCGGCAGGCGUCGCCACAACCAUCAUCUCCGUCAUAACUUCGACUCCCACUCCAACAACCACUCCGACCCCAGCACCCGCAUCAGGCGGUAGCAAUCGCAGUCUUGUGGUCGGUCUUGGCGCCGGAAUCCCUGGCGCUGUCCUCGCAGCUGCCGCUGUCGGUUUCCUUCUAUGGCGUCUGCGACGCAAGCGCCAACUUCACGAGAAGCCACCCUUGUCCGAGCCACCCGGUCUAGUAAGCAUGUAUCGUACGCCAGACGACACUCCCGAGUUGGACAGUACUUUGCCGGCGAUCAAGCCAGAUCGAAAGAGUGAACUGUACGGAUCUACGCCAGCACAACUCCAGCACAGUCCAGCCAUCUCGAGUAUGACAGCUGGCAGUGACCCACCGUAUUAUAGCCCUACAGGCGUCGUUGGACCAGGAGGAGCACUGGGUCAAGUACAGGAGGAGCCGWCAGAGCUUUGGGGAGGUGAGAUUCCAGCUCAGCAGUGGCCAGGUCAGCAGCCAUACCGCGCACCUGAGCCUGAGCAGAGGAUGAGCCAGACUUUCAGGGUGAGCCAGCGCGAAUUCGAAGCGUAUCGUCCGCCGCAACCAGAUGGACUGGUGAAAGAACCAGGUGCGAAGGCCACGCAGCCACAGGACUAUUAG